AUGUCAAAUCGCCAACAGAUUGACUCCGUCAUCGAUGAUGACGAUGAGUUCUGCCCCCUUUGCAUCGAAGAAUUCGAUCUCUCGGAUAAGAACUUUAAGCCUUGCCCCUGUGGGUAUCAGGUACGCAUCCUUCUCGCCUUGUACUCCCUCGCGAAUCAACGGCCCGAUCAGGAGAUCGCUCGCGUUAUUUGUCAAUUCUGCUACAACAACAUCAAAACCCACAGCGAAGAAGGCCGGUGCCCCAACUGCCGACGGGUCUACGAUGAGAGCACCAUACAAUACAAGGUUCCCGAUGCCGACGAAUUCAAAGCCGACCUGGCCUUGAAACACCGCAAGGCUGCCGCCGCGAAGAAGAAGGAGGCCGAGAAACGUGAAAUCGAGGCUUCCAGUCGCAAGAAUCUUGCCGGUGUCCGCGUCGUCCAGAAGAACCUGGUUUACGUGAUCGGUCUCAACCCCACAAUACGUGACGAGAAUCAACUCCUUCUGACUUUGCGCGGUCGAGACUACUUCGGUCAAUACGGUGACAUCGAGAAGAUCGUCGUGAGCAAGGCAAAGCCUGGUGGCAACCCGAACCAGGGCAUUGGUGUCUACGUCACUUACGCAAGGAAGGCCGACGCAGCCACUUGCAUAGCAGCUGUGGAUGGGUCAGCCAACGGUGACCGGGUGCUACGUGCCCAAUAUGGUACGACCAAGUAUUGUUCUUCCUUCCUGCGUAACGAGCAAUGUCAUAAUCGAAACUGCACCUUCCUGCACGAGACUGGUGAGGACAGCGACAGUUACAGCCGGCAGGAUCUCUCUUCGAUGAACACCUUGUCGAGUCAGCGUAUCAACGGUGCCCCCAGCGGUCCCACCCACUCGAUUCCUCCGCACGUUGCCCGGUCCUCCGCUCAACCGAUUUCGCAACCAAUGCGCCGUCAGCCUAGUAGGGAUGACGCUGCUAGUAGCCGGCCACCUGAUGGGUCUGCCCUGCCGUCGUCGGCAAGUUGGGCAAACAAGGACGCCGUGCUCAGCAGGACGAGACGAGCAAGUUUGACCGGCAGCCAAGCCUCGCAAAGUCCCCGACCCGCCAUCGCCACGGUGUCGCCCGCGGUGGAGGAGGCGAAACGCGUGGAGAAACCGUCUACGAGUGCGCAAGAGCGUGCUCAGGCACAGGCACAGGCCCAGGUCCAGGCCCAGGCUCAAGCUCAAGCUCAGGCUCAGGCUCAGGCUCAGGCUCAAGCUCAAGCUCAAGCGCAGGCGCAGGCGCAGGCACAGGCACAGGCGCAACCGUCCCCCUCCCCUGAAGCACAAUCCUCGCCGUCCAGUUCCCCGCCGACUGUCCAGACGCCACCCAAGCCGGAGACGCCUCUGUUGGAUAACUUGGUCAAGGCUGUCAACUCCCCAGACUUCAAAUUCAUUUUCUCGGCGGCUGGCCUGCCUGCGGAGGAGGUUGCCCUUAUUGAGAACCACCCUUCCUUCAUCGAUCCUUAUGGUGGUGUGAAACGCCGAGCUAUGCGUGAGAAGGCGGAGCAGGAACGUGUCCGACGGGAGCAGGAGCUACUGCAGUCUGCUGCUGCGGAAGAAGAGAGCCGUGAGAGCGGAAGCCUGCAGCUUGGUGGCGAGCCGGAUGACGCAGUGCCUCCGAGAGGCCGUAGUGGUCGCGAAUCUCAUGGUGCUAUUCAGCCUCCCUCCCAGCAGGGCACGACGACAAACUCCGUGGUUGGCUCCCCCGUCUCGGCAACCAGUCACCAGUUCCAGCAACUUAACCUGGCAGGCCGUAGCUUGACCCCUCUGCAGCAACAGCAGUUGCUUCUCUUGAAGUCUGCCGGCAACCAACAGGCUGGCCUGGUCGAUCAGCUGCAGGGUGGACUUAACUCCGCUGCUCUUGACCAAGCAGCCCAGGUCCGUCAGGGUCUACUCCAGAGCCAGAUGGCACAGUUCAAUGCUCUGCAGGCCCAAAGUCGCCAGAACUCUCGUUUCACCUUCGCCAAUGAGGCCAAUGCCAAGAACAUCCCUAAUGUGCGCAUGUUGAGCCAAAUGCAGGCUGGUACUCCUAACCCGCUCGCAGCCCCUAGUCCUCAGCAUGGUCUUGCUGGCAACUACUUCACUAGUGGCGUGCAGGGUCCACCCCCCGGGUUGAAGACGGCGGGUACUCCGCCCAUCAGCGGCGGCGGCAUGUUCGCACAGGGUCACGGUUUCACAACAAAUGCCAAUGUCGGUUUGGGAUCCAACCUCGGAAAGCAAGAAGCCAAUCCAGAGUUGAUGCGUGAGCUGCUGAGAGGCCGCAGUAGCGCAAAUGCCGGUGGUUUGCAGGGUCAAGAGGCCGCUAAGCGUGAGUUCAUGUUUCCUUUCCUCCAACAGCACCAAACUCCCCCUCCCCUGACUCCCGGCAAUGGCCUUCUCAGCUCUUUCUAUGGUGCUCAGGCGGGAAAUUAUUCCGAGUCUGGUCCACAGAAGCAGAAGAAGAAGGGGAAGAAGCACAGACACGCUAACACUUCCUCCGGUGGAGGCGGUGUAGUAGAUCUUGCGGACCCGAGCAUCCUACAGGCGAGGAUGCACCAGGUUGGUGCGAAUGCUGCCGCCGCUGCUGCUGCUGGGCAGGCGCUGUACGGGAGUCAGGGUCAAGUGGACGAAGAAUUCCCUCCUCUUGGCGCUCAGCCAAAGGACAAGCGUCCGGUUGACAGCUUUGGCUAUCUCGUGCGCUCGCAUUUCUCCAGUGACUCGCAAAGCUCGGCCCGUGCUGGAACCCCUACCCUGCCUCCGGGACUUCCUCUACCACACGCUCAUCCCGCAUCUGCCCUGUUUCAAAGUCCUCUGAACCCAUCCAGUCCGGUCUCGUCGCCAUCUGUGCCGCCAGGUCUUAAUCCGCCUUUCCAUAGGCUAGGCACGCCGGGCCAAGGACUACAAGAAGGCUCUCGCCAGGCCUCUCCGGACAUGAAGGACACUCCUGACAACGCCCCUACCUCAAGUCGCGUCAAGAAUGCGUCCGAAAUAUCACUCGGUUCUCCUGUGCCAAAGUCAGCCAACAAGGCUCGCACCCAGCAGAAAGGAGAUUUGACCGUUGCUGCUGACAAGAAAGCUGGCCCUUCGAAGGCUGGAGACAACAAUGAGAAACCCUCGGCACCUACGGGGAAAGUCAAGCCCAUAAAGCUGGAGCUUCCCUUGGGUACUUCUCAGUCUCAUGAUGCUCCAAAGCCAGAUACACCAAGUCAAUCCCAUGCUCAUGGCCCGGUGCCCACAUCGACGAUCGGUUCCCGUCCGAAUACACCUUUGACUGGGGUCUCCCGGGUUUCCGACUCGUCCGCUCCCCGCCAACCUCGAGUUCUCCGUGUGGUUGACACGCCAAAGACUGAAACCCCGCCGCCUCCGUCUGCCACCCAAUCUGUCGCGUCCAUACCUGCUGCAACAAAAGCGCGUUCCAGACGGCCAAGUAUUUCGUCCCUCAGCAGGCCUGAUACGCCCGGCGACUUGGGUUCGGAAGCCGAUCUUUACACUUCGGCGUCCGUGUCCCGUGCCAACUCUCCUCCCGCUUCGUCCAGAAUUGGCUCUGCACCUGUCCGGGCGAUGACCAAGAGCCAGGCGAAGAAGGAACGGCGACAGAAGGCCAAGGAACUGGAAGCCAAGAAACAAGAGGCCACUGCCGUGGUUGAGGAACCGGUGCAGGCCCCGAUCAUCGGGCGAAAGCGUAAGACUAAGAAGACUCCUGUUAGCUCGAACGACUCGCCAGCUGCAGCUCCGGAUAAUACUGAGACUGGAAAGUCUGCCAACUCCGCAGGCUCCGAUAGCAAUGAGAAGGCUGGCCAGCGGACAGAAGCGGCUAAGAAGAACAAAUCGAAUGAGAAGGCUACGAAGGACACCAAGGCAACUGUUACCGAGGAGAAGGCCCCUGCUGAACAGAAAGCGCCUGCUGAAGCAUGGCGUUCUAAGAACACGGUCGAGCAGCUGAUGAAGGACGCCGAAUCCAGCGGGGUCCCGGUCAAGGAGCUCUUCGCGGAACGCACGUCUCCGUUGCAGGUGCUUCUUGCUCAGCUUCACAAGUCUGCUGAGUUGGAUUUGAACAACCAUCCCCUUUUCAACCCAGCCAACCUAAACCAGCGCUUCGACAUGAAGUGCAAUGCGGAUGAUUACGACAUUCUCAAACAGCCUAUCGAGUUGACCGACGAGCAUCGCAAAGCAUUGAUGCGCGGAGAAGCCAUCCGUGUUAACUCGGACUCGAACAUGCUGAAAGACCGAUGCUUGAUCAGUCCCCGUGGGUGCGUCCUACACCAUCUGUCGCCAGAGGAAGAAGAGCGGUACCUCGCGCUUGAGAAGAACAUUGCCUGGGCAAUUGAUACCUUCCAGGAGUACUCGAACGUGCCAAUCACGGAACCAGAUGUGACCAACCGCGGUGGUGGCUUGGACGCACUGUUUGCUACCCCUGAGAACUUCAACAUCUGCUGGGUCGACGAGACCUCGGCUGGCCUCACCUCUGGCUCUCCUACUGCCGGGAUGUCCCUCUCUGACGCGAGUGGCUCCACUAUUCCUGCGCCUCCUAAUGUUCUGUCGGCCAUGGAGGCGGACAGCACUCGCAGCCAUAACUGGGCCAUUGCCAACACCGCCGAGCUGGUCAAUGCCACUGCCACCUCGGUGCGAUCCUUCGCUGCCGCUACUGCCAAGCACAUGCUCGGUGCCGCGGGGGUGGUCAUGGGCAACAUCCCAGACCUGGACGAUGUGGUAGGGAUGACCAAUGAGGAGCUGCGUUCGUUUGCCGUCAAGUCGCAGAAGGACCUCGAAUCGUCUCGCAAGGAGCUAGACACGAUCGACAAGAAGCUCAACGCCCUAGUGAAGCGGAACCGCAAGCUUGCACAGCAGGCCCUUGCGACUACCGUUGACGCGUGA